AUGUCUUCACAUCCUCACGAUCACUCCGAUGGAGUAUUGCCGCUACCACAGUGCGGGUUUGGCGCAGAGGUGAACUUCAAGGACCUCAUACAAAACAACCGCUUCCUCUACCGAGUAUACACACCCAAGGAACGGUCCCCCUUCUUCGAUGAGACCGAUCCUAUCUUCGUCGCUCCGAAAUUCAACGAGGUGUAUGCUCGUUCACCCUUGGAGGUGUCAAAUUGCAAGCUACCGGGUCCCCAGGGUGGGACGUACGCUGAUGCUGCUAGGCAUAUGGAUUGGACAACGAGGGCGUCCUCCGUGUAUGUCUCGACGUCGUUUAGCUUCGCGUGGUCGAUCUGGGAGGCGAUGCGGAGAUAUCACUUUGGGGUCAAGAAGGACGUUGAGAUUGCCAUCAUCGAUACCAGGGCCGUUGCAGAUAGAGCAGAGACCGCUGUUGAGCUGUUACGCAAGAGUUUACCCAAGGAACGAAGAUCGGAGUACUGGAAGUGGUACAAAUUCUCCCAAGAAUCCCAAUCAGUUCUCGUAUACGGAUUCAUCCCAGCCAACGCUGUCCUCGCUUCCGUUCCCCUGCUCUCCAUCCUCGAAAAACUACCCUCUUACUUCCUACAAUCGGAUUUCCCCAUCAAGGAAAACCCACUUCACCACAUCGCAUGGGACUACGCGCAACGAAAGCCAAGUUAUCGUCAGUUCUGCCAGGACAUGUCCAAUCGUUUCCUCAACCGCCAAAACGAGCUUCGUAUGCGCGAUGCCACAGGAGGUGCUGUUCGGCUCGCAUUGGCCUUCUUGAGACCGUGGUUCCUCGAGCUGGUCACGGAACACGUGGACUCCGCCAUUGACACUUUACAUGUUUUGGCGUUUACCAUUGCGCAAUGGCCGAGCCAGUGGUGGGUGCGGGAACACCCUGAGCUGCAACGGAUGAUUCAAUCCAUCACUCUGGCGAUUGGUGAAGAACUGCGCGGGAAGUAUGAACGGAAGGCGAGAGCUGAGGUUCUUGAGCUGCAGGAGAUUAUUGAGGGAUUGGAGAAAAUCAUCAGAGGGUACGAGAGGGCUCGGAUAACCCAAACUAGGAUGAGAGUCCAUUGGGCAGCAGAAACUCCCCAGCCGACUGUGUCAGAAACACCUCAACCAGUUGUGUCAGAAACGCCUCGGCCAGUUGUCUCGGAGAUGCCUCAACCGAUCGUAUCAGAUCCCUAUCCCUUGGCUAAAGGCCGUCCUGCUCCACUUGACUUCCAUCGCGAACUUCCCCCACAAUCCCCGAUUCACUUCGAGACGCCCAUAACACCCCCUGCGUCGCCUCGUCAUUCGUUGACGAUUCCUACGACGGCUGCGCCGGCACAUCGAUACGUAGGCGUUCCAUUGGCGGUGUCAUUCCAGCCGUUGACUCCUCCAAGAGAGAUUUCACAAGGUGGAGAUGAAGACUUAUCGUCCGCUGCAUCUUCUCCGUCUCCGUCGAGGCCUGGUUCGCCUCAAUCACUCACUUUGCGUGAGGUAUCGCAGUACUCUCCACCGCCCUCACCUAAAACAACCAAUUUCCUUCUCGAGGACGACUUGCAACAUGACGAAGUGGUUGUAUCAGGCACAGUAUCUCGGCCUUUUGUUGGUUUGGUUCCCGUCAUCACACCCGCCGUAUCGAGUGCGUUGGACCUCCCAGGUGUUCCUUUUAAUGUUAUCACGGAAUGGCCGUUCUCGCCCAAAGUUGCUACGCCUCUUUCGAUUAUUGUUCCACCCAUUGUUUCUGAGGCAUCGACUUCUGCUUCUUUGAAGGGAGAUUCGCCUGCGGAAUCGACGUCUCCGUCUGGGGCUUCAUCGCCGUCUGUUGUAUCUGAAGUAGGAUCUCAAACAUCUCCGCUUGAGGCGUGGUCGCUCCUUGAAGCGUCUCCAGCAAUUUCUUUAAUGGAGGCGUCUCGAGCAGCCUCUCCUCUUGAGGAGUCUCGAGCAGCCUCUCCGUUUGAGGAGUCUCAAGCAGCCUCUCCAAUUGAGGCUUUCCCAGCGACAACAUCCUCUUCCUCUCUAUCUACCCUUUCCUCAAAAGGAUUAUCGCCAAUCGCCAUCCCCACAUCACCUUCAACAGACCAGGCGUCCAAGCACUCAUCGUCAUCAGCAUCAUCAUCAUUACCUUCCACUCCCAGUUCUUCCUCAUUUUCCCCUCAUCUCAACGCCCGGGCUCUCCCUCCCGUCGGAGCAUCGCAGCCUCCCUCACCCAUACACGAAAAAGGGAAGCUGCCGACGUCUGUGGAACUGGCGCCCCCAAUACCAAUGUCCAUGGGUCUAGUCAGACGACGACUGCCCCCUUUCGAACCUCAAAUUGGGCCGUCAACCAGGGGGGUAGUGACGGCACACGACCUCUUCCUCCCCCCAAGGCCAGCAAUGAGCCUCAUCACGCAGACCCACCAUCUUCACGAGGCGCUCGCGCUUAAUCUUGAUCUGGAUGAUGAGGACGAGGAGGAACUGCGUAGGUCGCCUGUGUUGGUGGAGACGGCUGGAUUCAUUGUUACUGGGUUUUUGAUUGGUGCUUUUAUUACCCUUUUUUUGGUGUCUACGCAGCGCAGGACGCUGAUUUACCUCACUUGAUUCGGCUGGCCUGGUUGGGAUGCAGGUCACACACCUAUCCUUAUGUUCACCUUUUUUCGUUCAUCCCCACUCAAAGUUGUUUCGUCUCUGCUUGUACUACUUACUCUACAAUGUACGAAUACCUUCUGUAGUACAUAGGUGUAAUUGUACCCUCCUUCGUUCAAAACUCAAUUCCAUUAUGUAUCAUUU